GAUCGUCCAUACUAGACCUGCUUUUUCAAAGUCAUCGACUGCAAAGUGCCACGUCCUUCUUGCGUUUGUCAAUUGACUACUCAAGGCGCUCAACAGAUGAGCAGAACUUGGAACGUGAACAUGCAAAGCACACGACGAGGCUUUCACACAUCCUUCGUUUUCCUAGUUGGUUUAAGGGCGUGUCUCCUUUCGUCGUUACGCAGCACAAUUCUGGUACAAGGACUUCUUCUAGUAGUACCAGAUGCGAUGCAUCGGAGAAAGAGCUGGUCUCAUUCACACAGGGCAGUGGUAAUACGGAGUAUUUUGCAGUUGGAAAGACUGUCCUUCCGAUUUCCAAAAAUCUCGAACACCGUAAUCAAGUUAUCGGCUGAUUCCGGUGACUCCUAUGCAUCAACUGUUACUGCCAGUUCGAACGACGAAACAAAAGCCUCUGUUCCCAGUUUGCUGCCGUCGCUGACAGAGAGUGUGUCUUCGCCGAUGAAAAUCUCAUCAUCGGAACAAGCAGCCAACGACAUGAGUUUUAACCCGACGAUAGUAGGGCCAUCGUCGACAUCAGUACAAACAAUGCUGACCGCGGAAACGAAGCGAGUCUUAAUUGAAGAGUCGGGAUACCGACGUAGAGAUGUGGAACGCAUGCGGGUAGAGCUAGCCGGUCCAAUUAUUGAACAACGCAUACGCUCACCUCCAGGCAACAAGGAGAUGCCGGAAGCUUGGUUGGACCCGGAUCUUCCUAUCGCUUCCACACCCAGCAAUGACCGAAUGCUUCAACAACUGCAAUCGGAAAGUAGAUUUCCUCUCAAAUUUCCCUUGCUGGGAAUCAGUGCCAUUUUGUUCGGUAAGGGUCUGUCUGAUGCGCUGAUUACUCUUAUCAAAGUAAAUCAAGGUUUCCCCGGUGCUACUCUCACAAAAGUCUUUGUCGGAGGAAUUCCCGUCUUGGCGAUUGAUGCACUUUGUGUUCUGGCGGGAGCCAGCCUGGGGGCAUGGGCAUGGACGGCUAUGCGGGAUGCUCCUCCGAAGUGA